GACAAAGAGAACAGGGGAGAGACUCGGGGUCGGAGGGUGGGCUUCCGCGGGCCUGCUUGAAGAACUGUGACUGGGGCCUGCCGUGGCGCUGCGGAAACCAGACCCGCCCGGACGUGUCUGAUCGGACCGAGCCCGGGGCCGAGCGCGACUGCCACACAGGAGGACAGGUCUCUGCCGGAGGAGCAGUGCAGGGAAUGUCAACGCGCCAGAGCAGCGUUCAGCGCCAGACCUGGCAGCGCUUGGCAGCAGCUACCCUGAGGAGGAAGCCGAUCUACAGGCACUUUGCUGGAUUCAGGACGGUGAAAUUAAAGUUGAACAGUUGAUGUAGACAUCAGCAGGCUUUUUCAAAGGAGACCUGAUUUCUUACAAGAGCUUGUGUUUUUGCCCCGCUAGUCCCAAUUCAAUGCGGGGAAGACCGCGCCGCCUGUGAGCUCCAAGGACUCUCGGUGUCCCGCAUGCCGCACCGCGACAGAUGAAGGCCGGCACUGAACCUGCCCCGUGCCAGUGAGGCGUUAGCAGCAGCGGCCGACAGCACAGAACGGCGCUAUGCUGUCGCGCUCAUCUACCGCAGCCCCGGGGAUGGCGACCGCAGUAAUGUAACAUCGCAUCAGCGCUGUACGCCGGGUACGGGUAUUAGGAAGAGACAGCCGGGGCUGGGCGGAGGAGGGGUGCCACAGAAGGUGGGAGGAGAAAGAGAUGUGUGCGCCUGCUUCUACACGACCGCCGACUUCUCUUCGUCUUGUUAAUGUUUUGUCUUCUCGAAGGUAAACUCUCUCUCUCCUCGAAGCCACCCACAGUUGCGCAGCGCGCCCAGUGGGUGCAGAGGAAAUGUCCGGUCUGCAAGAGACUGUCGUCUGAGGAGACGCGCACACAUCAAGAGGAAUUGGCUAUAAGCGCAGACGCUGCUUUUGGAGUAAUUAAAGCAAACUCUCCUGUUUACGGUCCUCGGCUUUUCACCGCGUCGCCGCGUUCAGUGUCCCCGGCAAUUAAUAGUUCACAUGGGCUGCAGCAGGGACUGUUCCCUCGACAACGCGUGUUUCCAGCAGGGAAAACAGGCAAGCGGAGGAAAAACUGCUCUUUUAAAAGCAAGGAGAAAAGAGGGAAACUACAAGCUAUAGCCUAGAUCGUGCUGAAGGUUAUUUAGUUCAUUUCCAUGUUCAUCUAAAUCUGAAAUGGAAAAACAUCAUUGCGAACCACCCCAAAAAACGGAGCUGUAACUGAACAGCUGUGCUCCCGUGGUGAAGUCUGCUGCAUGAGCCAGUUCAAGGUGCAGGGAAGUUUGCGAAGACAGGACCAGCCUUGGACCCAACAGGUCCCCUCUUUGGAGCGCCGAUCUUGUCCUUCCUGGAUUCCAAAGCCACACAAACCCCAGGCAUGAGAUCAGUGUGAAAAGUGCUCAGCGCGGUGGAGCCUUGCGCUCCGACUGAUGGGAAUUGCUAAAUUGGGUCCCGUCUCACUGGUGUCGACAUGAGUCCUCCGCUCACCGUACUCAACCUGGGCCAGAGGAAGACGAAGUGCAGAACGUGGGGGAAGAAGAACGACAGGCCUAUCCCAGGGGCCGCUAUGGACCGAGUGAGUGUGCUCUGGCGCCUCCGCCGGCGGGUGAAGAGGGGCUUCGUGUGCAUGGCGCUCUUCUGCGUGGCGAUGGGAUUCCUGUACGCCUUCUGCGCUGAAAACAGCGUCACGGCCACCGACGCCAUCUUCGGCACGAAGGCCCGCACCCGUGCCCAGCUCCGACAUCACUGGCCAGGCGUGGAGCGGGUCUUAAGGGGGGCAUCUGGCAAUCCAGGAAGUUCCGUUAAGCAGGGAAGGUCACCUCCUUCCCUUCCUGCCUCCAACACCAGUGCCAAAGCGCCCCCUCACGCGGUCAAGGGAGAUGGACAUGGCUUUCUGUCUCGGGUGGUGACCCCCUUUCUGGGGCACCUGUUAGAAAUCGUGAGAGGCACGGGACAGAAGAAAGAAGGGGCCGUGGGAGAUUUUUUUCGGGGCCAGGCCAGCCUGGGCCAGGUGUGGAAUGAGGAAAUGUCCACCUCCAUGCUGAGCAAGAGGCUGAAAAAGGUGGUGCAGAACUACCAGGCCAUGAAUAAGUAUGGGGUGCACUUUGAGCGGCUGGCCAGUCGCAGGCGCCAGCGCCUCACCGGGGAGGAGCUGCUCUGCGAGCUGAAGGACAAGGUGGCGGUGACCUCACUGACCCCUGACCUCCCCCCCUUCUCAGAGCUCUCCUGGGGCUCCCAGCUUCCUCCCCACCUGGUAACAGCUCACCUGGGGCCCUACAAGAGCUGCGCUGUGGUGUCCUCCGCAGGAUCCCUGAAGAACUCCGGACUGGGCAGAGAGAUUGAUUCCCAUGAUGCUGUAUUGCGGUUCAAUGCUGCUCCAACAGGGGGGUAUGAGAAAGAUGUGGGCACCAAAACCACUGUGCGCCUUAUCAACUCACAGGUAAUGGCUUCAGAGGACCACCACUUCCUGUCCAGCUCCCUCUACAGCGCAGGGACCCUGGUAGCCUGGGACCCUGCUCCCUUCUCCUCCAACCUCGCCGAGUGGUACAAUAAGACCGAUUACCCCAUCUUUAAGCAGUACCAGAAGUACCGCCUCCUGCACCCUCAGCAGCCCUUCUACAUUCUGCACCCGAAGGUUGAGUGGCAGCUAUGGGAGCGAAUCCAGGAGAACAUGGCCGAACCCAUCCAAAAGAACCCGCCCUCUUCGGGGCUUCUGGGCACAGUCCUGAUGAUGUCAGUGUGUGAGGUGGUACACCUGUAUGAGUUCCUGCCCUCCCGGAGGAAGACAGAGCUGUGCCACUAUUACCAGCGCUUUUUUGACGCCGCCUGCACUCUGGGGGCCUACCACCCUCUGAUGUACGAGAAGAACUUGGUGAAGAGGAUGAACCGGGGCACAGACAAGGAGAUCUAUCAAUAUGGCCGGGUCACCUUACCGGGACUGGCCACCCUCAACUGCACGGCACCCAGAGUGCACUGACUGCUGGAGGAAGCAUGCAGAUUUGGUUCUACUGCUGUGGGCUGACCCCACAGUAGUGGGGUAAAGCUGACAGGCACACCCCCACCCAGUAAUGUGGAUAAGCGUUUGCCAUCUUCACACUACAGUGCCACUCACUGAAGCACCGUGAGCGGAGCACACUCAUCUUCAGCUCCAGCUGCUGGUUGCUUUAGCAUUAUUUGGGUAUCCAUGUCUGGGACACAUUUGAUCACCGGAAGAUCAUGUCACAGUGGCAACAGAAAUCUGUAGAACAUUUAUGGCAUCAUAGAAUUGUCUUAGCUGUUAUUUUCUAAUAUCCUCUAGCAAAGCAACCCAUCCCAUCCUGGAGAUACCAAAAUCAGCUUUUGACACCUGCCUUGUGGUCACUAUCCUCCUGCUGUCCCUGUCCACACUGACUGGUACUCAUGCACGCAUAUUAAUGAAAGCACCAAGCGCUGACAUCUGCUCUCAGCAUAGCUCUCACUCUAGUCCCCAAUACUGGGGGCUGCAGGCCAGUCCUGCACUGACAGGCGGGUUGUCUGAUCUGAUCUGGCCAAUAACAGAGUCCCGAGGCCCUCAUCUCCAGCUGCUCUGCUGUGGCAUGAGGCGGCGUCUUUAGCAUCUACAGCCUGACCUGCUACAAUAAGCAUUUGUCUAACUUUUGCUCCCAUUUGGAGUGUUCAGCCUUGCCUCGGUGUAAGGUAAUCACCAACUAAGAAUGGCUGCAAGUGAGAUGGAAGCCAUUCAGCCCAUUAACCCCAGCUCGCUCAAUAGCUUAUUUCUAUGAGCUGGAUCUGAUCCAACGAUCCUAAAUGCACUUCCUUGUGGCUUCUAAUUGUACUGUCAUGUGUUACUAGUUGUGCCGUUCAGAAAAAAAGAAAAAUAAUCCAUUGGGCUUUGUUUGACAAUAGCUUUCUGGAUUUUUAAACAACUGUGGCAAAGCCCCUCAGAAUCUCAAAUCCUCAAGACUGCCAGGAGUCAAUACCUUCAAAUUAUUUGGGUAUGGCCUGUCCCGUUAUUCAUCUUUCUAUGGAAGUAAUGGCCUUUCUGGAACGAAACUGCCAUUAGGAUUCAAUUCUCCAGGAGCACAGAAUGGAAUAAAAGCCAAAAGAACGUGUAGCUCUCCAGAACAUGAACUGAAGAUGGGAUCCUUUAGGAGAAGUGUGUGGCAGAGUUCCAGUUUCUAAUUUCUGGUACUAUAUAUUCACUCGACUGGUUGAUUGCACGAAGACCAGAGCUUGUAUUUUUCACCGUUGCUACUUGUCACCACAGUUUUGGGUUGUCUUGUCAGCAUGUGAAGUAUUCAAAUAUGUAGGAGGUGGAGGAAGAGAUAGUACUGUUCCAAUGACAUCUCUCCCCUUGCCCUAUCAAGAGCGUUACAGGUCCACACAGCACAUGUCCAGUCUUUAGCGAAGAAGAUGUCCCUCAGGUCCCCGGUAUGUGCAGUAAUCACUGGAGGUGGCUGUCAUGAAUUGAAUACAAGGAGUGCUGAAUUUGUGAGGAGAAAAUAUUUGUAUCAAAAGGCCUGACAGUGUUGUCGGGCUGUGUCAGUCCCUCCUUCUGCACGGCUGCUUGCUGCAAUUAGGCACCAACGCAGGUGAAGCAAUUUUCUGCUCCGCCUUUCUUGAGCAGUAGGAAGUACUGUGGGAUGGCCAGUCAUCCGGCAGCUGUUGCCAAUAACUCAGCUAUCUAAGGAAAUCUCACUUGUAUUUUGUGUGCUAAUAUGGUCGCAAAUGCAUAUUGCCCUGUGAUAGAUUAAAACAUUAAUUUCACAUAUUUAAAAGGGGGAGGUAUGUCACCACCUUUAGCAAUCAGACAAAGCAUUAAUAACACAUUUGAUUUUACAUUGUGGAAGCCAGACACUUAUUAGACGUUCCUGUUUUGACUAGUUUAGUAAGCAUAAGGACAAAAGAAAGGUUAUAAGAGAACAUUCUAGCACUAGUACUUGCUAGUCACACUGCGCAGAAUGAACUGCCUGCAAGCAACACCAAAUUUCCAAUAGUCUCUACUAUACAUUUAUAGUCUCUCUAAAGACUAGCCUGAUGAGUCCUACUUGUUGUGUUACACUGGGCUAUGUUUUCUACUGGUAGAGUCUGUAACAUUUCAUUUGCCUCGAUAGUGCCUGUACAGUGUGUACAGGCUUCUUAUUUUUUGAAGGCAAUCAAAAGGCCUCAAUGAAAAGUCUGCAAAGGAACAGGUUAAGGUUUAUUCCAUGCUGAAAGGAAAAUAAAAAAGGAACAACCUUUCAACUGUGGAGCCUUCUUUAGGUGUGAAGAAUUCUUCACAGCCCAAAUGCUGCGUCUCUUUUCUUUGUGUGAUGAGAAACGUGGUCACUUUUCUUUAUUAAGGAGUGAACAAGGUGUGGAGAAGGCUCUACAGCCGAAACAUUGUGAUCCUUUUCCUCUCUUUUCAGCAUAGAGUCAACCUUCACCUGCUCCUUUGUAGUCCACGCAUGCUGACGCAGAUACCUGCUUGAACUUCUACAAUGAAAAGUCUGCAAACCUUUUCUUUUUCUUUGCCAAUGACAACUGUAGAUUAAAAAACAAUUACUGCCACACAAUUGCUAGUUAGGCAACUUAAAACCCCUCUACUUGCUGGAGUUGAGUUUAUGGUCUGUUUGUGGAAUCAGUGUUUUCUGAUCUUAGGGCUCCCCCAUGUGGACAGCAUUGGUGGUAGGACGGUGUACAGGCAAGAUCAUUUAUUUAUCUGGCACAAUUGACUGGAUGUAAAAGAGAUCUGGUCUCUGAAUGUUUAUCCACUAAAUAAGAGAAAAUAUUUUUUAAAGAAUAACUUAUUUUUGUUUUUGCUGUUAUUGCUGCUACACUACUAUUAUAGAGUAGAGACUGUGCAAAGCAUGAGCCACUAUUCCCAUGAUUAUAUGGGGUCAAAGCAGCUCUUAUAACCCCAAAAACAUUUAUUUCACAGGUUGUGGCUCUGCUACUUGCCCUUGCCUUUGGUACCAGCACCCUCUUAAUUAUAAAACGGAAUUAACUAAGAGCUCCUUAAUCUGGUUUCAGAGCUGGGUGUACCGAGAUCCGGCAGCUAAAGAACAGAUUUAUAGGGGUGGCUUUUGGUUGCCCUCAGUGACCUUGACAGCUCUGGCGUUUUCCUGGGUAUCCACCAGGAAAAAAAAAGCAAUGCUGCAAAGAUUGACUGAUUUCUAAAGAGUGGCCACCACAGUUGCAGGCUCUCCAGGUGAGCUCAGAAAUGAUGUUGCCAGACCCAUUAUUUGCUAGAAUCAAGGCUAUUCCAUACAUGUCAGCCAGCUUCCUGUGAACCUGCUUGCUGCUAUAGCUUUGCACCACUCUGGUGGGGAGAUACACUAACUAGUGCAGCCACUUCACAGCUCCAGGAUCCAUAGCUAGUUUGCCAGCUUAGGCACCUUUCUAUGUGGAGUUUGUCUGAUCUCUCUGUGUUUGCAUGGGUUUUCUCUAGGUAAUCCAGUUUCCUCACACUCCCAAGUACUGAGUAACAAGCUAAAGAACUAAACAUUUUUGGUGUGCCCCAAAUCAGGCAAGGGUAUAUAGGAGUCCAUGUAAACAUACUUAGGUGCCAAAACCUAUCUAUUGCCAGUACAGGGUUAAAGGUUUUAAGAAUAUUAUGCUGGAUAGUUUUUAGGGCAGUUAGGUACUAACCUUCUGAAUGUUUAUGGUAAAUCACGGCACUAUCCCAGUCUGAUGCAGGGCUACACUGUGAAGGUAUGGUAAAUGAGAAUACAAAGAAAUGUAUGACUGGAGCAAAAGUGUCUAGUUACUGGACUAAUUUGCCACCAUGGUUCCCAGAUUCCUGCCUGGACCCUUUCCCCUCAAAUUUGUCCCAAUUCUGUGUACGUUUUGUCUGUCUGAAACACUGUAAACAUCUAUAUAACUGUACUGGAGUAAAGCGAGAGGAGCCGAGCCAGUGA